AUCUGAGACUCGCAGUAAAACUCCGCACUUUUCCCGUCACUGCGCACCGCCUCCCGGCUCCGCGUUGGGAUGACUAGUUGUCUGAUCCCCCGGAGAAGUCCGAGCACUUUUGCCGAAUCCAUGCAGUUGUUGCCGACCUGUAGAUGAGAAGCUCUGCAGGUCGUUGGCCCUGCUGGACUUAUGUUUUUAUGUUUGGACGCACGGCGCUGGGAUAUCCGGAAUGGGGAAUCCGUAGGAGGGACCGCACUGGCUGGUUUACUGUUGCGCGCAUCCACGCAGCCUACGCGAGAGAUGGACUUUAAGAAGACUAAAUUUGGAAGGUUCAUGAACUGCAGGGUGCCGGCCAGUAAGAGAUACCAGCCCACUGAAUACGAACAUGCUGCAAACUGUGCCACACACGGGCUGUGGAUCCUCCCCAGUCUGGUGGGCGGGUCUGUGCUCUACUUCCUGUCUGUGGACCAAUGGCACUGCGUUGCUGCCUGGCUCUAUGGGAGUGGUCUCACGGGCCUGUUCAUCACCUCAACGCUCUUCCACACUGCUGCCUGGAAAAUCAGCCACCUCCGGACAGUGGAGCAGCGUUUCCACAUGUGUGACAGGAUGGCCAUCUACUUCUUCAUCGCCGCUUCCUACUCUCCCUGGUUGAUGCUGAGGGAGCUGGGGCCCUGGGCGUGCCACAUGCGCUGGCUAAUCUGGGUCAUGGCUUGUAUUGGAUCCAUGUAUGUCUUCUUUUUCCAUGAGAGGUACAAGCUGAUAGAGCUGCUGGGAUAUGUCACCAUGGGGGCUGUUCCUGCUUUGGUCAUUCUGUCCAUGGUGGAGCGUGCAGGUGUGUGUGAACUUGCCAUUGGAGGCGUUUUCUACGUGGUGGGCAUCGUCUUCUUUAAGAGUGACGGCCUCGUCCCGUUUGCCCAUGCCAUCUGGCACCUUUUUGUUGCAGUCGGAGCAGCCAUUCAUUAUUACGCCAUCUGGAGGUACCUGUACUUGCCUGGGCCAGUGCUGCAGACAUCGAGGUGACUGGAUGCUGUCAUCUGGGAUUACAUGUUUCCAUACCGAGUGACUGAUAAAAGUCUAUUUUAGUCAUUGCAUCAACUACCACUAACUUAGAUACCUCCAGGGAUGGUGCUGAUGAUCUGACUGCUAAAGAUCAGAGGAAAUUCGCCUCAACUGGGACCAAACACUUUGUCUAAUCUAAAUCUGUUGAAAAUGCCAGUUUUUUAAUAUCUCGCCUCACUAGACCAAACUUAAGCAAAAACAUGAUUCUAAGGCUGCUGACAUUGUUAUAGACAAUCACACUGCCUUAUAAGUGACAGAGACUCUUUGGGUGUGAACCUUAACUUGUGUUCAUCACCUCGAAAAGUGGUGUUUACAUAGUUGCCCUACGUUCAGUUACAGGAUAUAGUUUUAGAAAUGAAGACUGAUAACACUCAUAUCUGCAACAGAGAACUGUGUAAAUGUGCACAUUCCUAUCCAUCAUGCAGUAUCAUCACAGAGGAAUCUGACUGAACACAGAUUUAUUAUCCAGUGUGACCAUGACCCUUAAAUAUACAAAGUCUUAAACUAUACUCACCCAUAAGAACAAAGAGUCCUGCAACAGGUGGUAUAACCCCCAAAGAGAUCUUAAUCACAUGAAGGGACAGAAGACAUCGAGUUGUCCAAUAUGUUAUGUGCAACCUACCGAGCAACGACCAUGACACUGUGGGCAAGUGUGUUGAGGAGACCUGGAGCUGUUUUAAAAGCAAAGGUCGAUCACUUUUAGUGCCUAUUGAAUAUCUUUGUCAUUAGCCAGACAAAGGAGACACCAGCAUAUCACUGCCUCGACACUAAACUAGUAAAUCAGCUGCUUCACGUUUAAUAUGCAGACAUAAGAGUGGCAUUGAUCAUCAUAAACUAUCUUUUCAAGCGUCUUCUUCUCUUGAACUUAAUUGACGACUGUUUCCUUUCAAGUGAUGUACCAAAACAAGCAAUCCUUCAUGUUGGUGCUCACAGCUACAGUCGUGUAGUAAAACUCACAAUUAGGCUGCUUUUAUUUGACUUUUUGUUCAUUUUUAGGCUGAAAAAUUAGCCCCAAACUAAAAGAAAGUUUAUUCAGGAGCAGUUUCUUUUAAGUUGUUGUGGAUUUUGCCAAUCAGACUUGAAGAUAAACUUCAUUGAUUGAUUCCUCACUGGGGAAAUUUAAAUGUUACGCGACACAGCAUCAUAUCCAGGUAAUAUCAAUCAGCCGUUAAUGAGAAGAUUGACUGCAAAUUAUUAAGAUAACGAUCAAAUACCAAGUUGAUAGAAGUGGCUUGAUUGUGAAUCUGCUGCGAUUUUAUUUGUUCUCGAAAACAUCUAAGACCACUUUGAUGAGUCAGAUGUUACAAUCACACUAAAUGUCAAGGCGUUGUGCUUUUAGUAUUUUGUUCAGACGGCUCUAAUCGCCAGUUGUUUAAUCAAAGUGGUGCACUCUUUAUCCACGAGCACUUUUCUAUCAACAACAGCGACAUAUAAUGUUGAAUUCCUGAGUGUCCUGUGAGUAUGACAGAAUUGGAUGGUUGUGUUACACAGGUAGAUUAUAUAUGCAAAUUUACAUUUUUAUUUUUAUAAUUUUUGAUUUUAUAUAUUUCCACAAGCACUGUAUUGAUAACAGUCUGAGGAUGUUCCUAAACUCUGGUAGUUCAACUGUUGUUUUUACUUUCAGAAAACACUUACUCAGGUAGUGAGCAUUUAUAUUUUUUCUUUUUUCUAAAUCAGAUGAUCUAUUUUGUAAAAAAAAAAAAAAAAUUCUAUAUCUGUGAAAUCACUGUAUUAAAGAAGAGACUCUA